AAGGUGGAAGAGAGAAAGAGGAAGAGCGCUGGAAAACAUAAGCCAGAAGAAGAUUGUAUUUUCCUGGCAAAAAGCUUUACGCAUUUAGCCCAAGGAUCACCCUUGCAUCAUGGAGGUCGACCAGAUGCCCCUGGCCGAUGUGGUCUUUGUCAUCGAGGGCAGCGCCAUCAAUGGCGCCUACAUCAACGAGCUAAAGACCAACUACAUCCUGCCCACCUUGGAGCACUUCACCACUGGCUCUAUUGACGAGCGCGAGUAUUUGAUUGCAGAGCGUUUUGCCACGCUAUACGGGAUCGUUGUAUACCGAACCGCCGCCAAUCUGCUGGAGCCCGUCUGCACCACCUACGGACCAUUCCUGCAGCCCCAGAAGGUAAUGGAGACGAUCGAACGGCUGCCGCUGGUGGGCGGCGGCAUGGAGUCGUGUGCCCACAUGGCCGAGGGAUUUGCUGCGGCCCACGGCUGCUUCGAUGACAUUGGCGAGCGACGGCAGAUGCUGGACCAGACCAGCGUCCAACGGCACUGCAUCCUCAUCUGCAACAGUCCCCCGUAUCAGAUGCCCACCACCGAGUCGUGGAAAUACCCCGGCAAAUCCUGUGAGCAGCUAGCGGCUCUUUUCAACGAGCGCAAGAUCAAUCUCUCGAUUAUUGCGCCGCGAAAGAUGCCGGUGCUUUUCAAACUCUUCAUGAAGGCGGACGGCGAUCAGCCGAUAACCAGCAAGAACUACGCCAAGAAUAUCCGUCAUUUGGUGUUGCUUAAGGGCUACAGUCUCAAGGAGCGGGCUCCUAGUCCCAAUAGCAUGGCAGCCCAAAUGGCAGCCCCGAAUGCUGCCCAGGCUGCAGUGCAGCAGCAACAGCAACAACAGAAUCCGACGGGACAGCAGCAAGCUGGUCCAGGCAUUCCCAUGGACACUGCGCCCGUCCAACAACAGCAGCAGGGCAACCCCCAGCAGCAGCAGCAGGUGAUGAACAUGAACAUGCAACAGCAGCCAGGUCAGAAUUCCCAAGCGGGCCUGCUCAAUCCCCAGCAGCAGCAACAGCUUAUGCAGCAACAGCAGCAGCAGCAGCAACAGCAGAAUCAGUUCGUGCCGAAUCAGAUGCAGAAUCCCAACUUCCAGCCAAACGUGGGACCGGGACAAAACCGAUGGAUGUAUCCCAACCAGCCGGGGCAGGCCCGACCGCCCUUUAUGCAAGGCCCAGGCAAUGUGGGCGGCGUUCAGGGUCAAAGUGGUGGCAUGCAGCUGCAGCAGCAACAGAAUCCCAAUUCUGCGUUGAUCUCGCGUAUUACUGCGCCUCCGCCCAACCAGACGGUCAGCUCACUGCAGCAGCAACAACAGGCACAGGCGCAACAGCAGCAGCAGCAGAGGAUGCAGAUGCUCAACCAGCAGCAGAUGCUAAAUCAUCAGCAGCUGCAGCAGCAACAACAAUUAGCCCAGCAGCAACAACAGCAGGGCAAUCCCAAUGCUGGGAACAACAUGAUGCCGGUAUCCAACGCGGUAUCCAACAUGCCCAAUCCCCAACAGCAGCAGCAGCAGCAACAAGUGGGGCAGCAAACAAAUGCCCAACAGCAAGGCAAUCCCCAGCAGCAACAGCAGGCGAAUCCGCAACAGGAGCAGGCCUCCCUAAGGGAAAAGAUCUGGACGGGAGUGCUAGAAUGGUCGGAGAAACCGAAAACCGAUCCACAGAAGAUACCUCACGCUCUCCAGUGCACAGUGUGCACCAACAUAAAGGACGGCCAACCCGAGAUCAAGGCGGAAAACUGGCCACCAAAGCUGUUCAUGCAGCUGAUGCCCAAACAUUUGGUGGGCAAUAUUGGAGGCCAGUUUUUGAAGGACUCGAAAAUGGUGGUUUUCCGACCCACACCCGGCGAAGCUCUCGAUUCACUGGCCAAGAUGAUGACCUCUGGAUACGCUGGCUGCGUCCACUUUUCCCCGGUUCCUAACUCGCCCGCUUGCGACCUCAAAGUGCUCAUCCUUUUGUAUACGCCUGAUCGGCAAGCCUUCCUUGGCUUCAUUCCCAAUAAUCAGGCGAUUUUCGUUGAGCGUCUGCGCAAGGUUAUUCAGCAGAAGCAGCACGGUAACAUACAGCAGCAGCAACAGCAGCAAAUGCUCCAGCAGCAGGGCAAGACCCCCAUGGAGCUGCAGCAACAACAACAGCAGCAGAUGCAGCAGGACAACUCUCAGCAGCAGCAGCAGCAGCAGCACUACAACCAGUACCAGCUCAAUAUGCAGAUGGGCGGCGGAGGCCCCGGCGGCGGACCCGGGCCAGGUCCCGGCGGUAUGCCCAUGCAACAGAACCAAAUGCAAAUGAACAUGAUGCAGCAGCAGCAGCAGCAACGAAUGCCCCUCGGCGUUGGCGUGGGCGUUGGGCCUGGUGUCCCCAAUCCGAAUCUUCAGCAACAGCUUCAGCAGGUGGCUCCAAAUGUGGCCGCCAUGCAGCAGCAGCAGCAACAACAGGCGCAGCAGCAGCAACGAAUGGUGCGCCCUAUGAUGAGCAACAACAAUCCCGGUCUGCGCCAGCUGCUGCAGCACCAAACCACACCCGGCAACCAGUUCCGGCCACAGAUGGGCGGCCAGAAUCCAAAUCAAAUGGGAGCGGGCGGCCCGAUGGUCGGCAACCGCAACUUUGACGACGGCAGCUACGAGUUUAUGUAGGCUCCUUGGAUACAAGGAUUACUCUACUCAAAUAUUUUGUAAUGUAUGAAUUAAGCAUAAAAAGGUAUUUCAGAGAUAUGAA